AGGCUCUAUAGAAACUUCCUCCUUUGUACUAUAAUUGGUUCGAGGGCGGGAAACCGGAUCCCUAUACCGAAGACUGUCUCUCUUUGUCUCUCUCUGUGAUCCGAUGUCCGCCAGUGCGACCUGAAACCCUGUGGCCUCUAUUUCUCUUCAAACCCUCAUCGCUCGAUGCCUCUCCUUCUACUGCAACCCCAUCUCUUUCUAAACUGCAAUCGCUUGAAACCCUGUAUCUCAAAACCCUAAGCUGUCCUUGACACGAGGAGUUUGAGUUCGAUCAUUUCCAGAUUGAAUGUUUUUGAGUUGGACCAAAACAGAGUAAUCGAUCAAUCCCGAUCUUCGGAUACCAGGUGUGAUUCUCAGGGAAAUCCAGAUAUAUCUCUAAUUUGGAUUUCUCAGAAGUUAUUCGGCUUGCAAGCAUCAACGAUGGGUGAUGAGAGAGUAAAACUAGCAUUCUGUUUCGAUGGCUGUUUCAAGAGAAACUCAAAUGAUGGGCGGCUUUUCUAUAAUGGUGGGAAGGUGAAGGUCACAUUUUUUCCGCGAACCGGUUCCUUCAAUCAACUUAAGGCUCAUUUGUCGAAUUUAACGCGUUACGACCCGGAAACCAUGACAAUUAUGUAUAGUGACCCAGAGUUACCAAGUCACAUGACUAUGGUAGAUGUCAGUGAUGAUGGCGAUGUAGCAAAUAUGUUGGAAACCCCUCCGCCAAUUGCUAUGUGCAUAUCAAACCGACCAAUUGAUUUGUACCCAGUGGAAAAUCAACCUUCACUACCUAAGAAUGGCCCAUCAACAAGGGAGACGCGGUCCUGUGAAUCUAUGGCCGAGCAAGUUGUACUCAAUGAGGGUGUUGUCGCAGGUCUAAAGAUUGAUCACAAGACAGAGAUUGAGCGUAACAUCGAUCCUAUAGAAAGUCCCGUCAGAAUGGACCAUUACGAAGUUGUACUUCAGCAAGGUCAGGAGUUUGAUGACGUACAUAUAUGUCGUAAUUAUCUUGUUGAUUAUGCCAUAUCACAUAACUUCGUUUUGAGAUUUGUAAAAAGUGAGGUCGGACGUGUAUGGGCGAAGUGUGCUGCAGAUGGGUGUUCAUGGCGAGUGCAUUGUUCAAAGGUUGGUAAGACAGGUAACUUUAGGGUGAGGAGGUUUGUGAAUGUGCAUUCAUGUGCUGGUGCAAUAGGGAGCGUUCAUCAGCCACUUGCUCGAAGCCAAUGGGUGGCAAGAAAGAUCAAAGGGCGCCUACUUGACCAACUUGAUCUGACACCCAGAGACAUUAUACAUGAUGUACAACGUGAAUAUGGUGUCACACUGUCUUACCAGCAGGCAUGGCGAGGUAAAGAGCUUGCGCUUAAGAUGAGAGAUGGUUCGCAUGAGAAGGAAUACACAAGAAAUAUAACAGCCACUGUCGGAAGGCCUGUCGGAAGGCCUUGUAAGAAACGACAUAUACAGACAGAGGUUAGAGACACAAGGCCUUAUGUGUGUAAGCUCUGUGGGGAGGAGGGCCAUAACCGAAAGACAUGUAAAAAACCUAUAUGAAGUUAUAGAUUUUGAACGCUCACACUCCCCCCCGUCCCUCUCUCUUUAUGCAUGUUUAAUGAAGCCUUUAGAUAUGAUCUGAUUUCAUUUGAACUUCAAACAAAAAGCUGUGUUCUUAGUGCCAUGUAUGUGUUUAUCUAUGUGGAUCGCUUUGCUUGUUGGGUUUA